AUGGCUCUCUCCGUUUUGGGUGCUGAACAAUAUACACAUGCCCAAAGAGCAACAGCAUUGAAGCUCUUUCGCAACUGUCCUCAUGUGGGGAGGUUACUUGGUGGGGUCAGUGUUGAGCUAGUUGAUGGCAUACAGCUCCCAGAGAAUGAGGUUAUUGACCUGAAUGUACAUGGCAUUGAAUCGGGGUAUGCUGGCUGCGAUACCCCUCAAAAGCUUUGGGGAUCAUUAUCAUUCAAAAUCCCAUACUCCAUUCGUAGUGCGCAAGAAUCACAUCCGGCCUGGUGCUGGUCCAUCAAACUGUACGGUCUAGGAUCAUCAAAGACGCCGAUGUUUCCUCUGACCCCUCGACAGGACUAUGGUAGGUUCCCUGUCAGCAGCGACAUAGUCAUAUAUCGCUCAAGCACCGUUGUUGCACUUUCCUUCGACCAGCACCAGAGAGACCGCGACGGUGGUCCUUGGCGUGUACUUGUCCUUGCAGUAGGAAAAUACUAUCGGAAACGCACGAAGAUAUCUCUCAGGGCCUCUGGCACGAACUCAGCAUGUGAAGCUUUCCUUUUGAUGUUUUUGAACGGAUUGACGGAUUCACGACGAAAGAUGCGUGCCAUAUAUGAGCAGAUUAUGGAGACGACCAAACCAAAGGAGAGUAUCCUUUUUGAUGAGGCCAUUCAAGAUGACCUCCUCUUUGAGGACUCAACGUUUUCACUAUCCAAAAUCUACUUUUGGGCCUUGAAAACCAUUGAAAUACUGAAUGGAAGCAUCGAGGCUCUCUUGGAAAAGUGGGAGGCGUACAAACAGUUUCCAUUGCUGCAACAUGAUUCAGGAUCCGAAGGAGCAGCCGAAGCAGACAAUUUCAUGAGCUCUUUGCCAGAGGAACUUCGCCAGGUGGUACAUCUUAUAGAAGAGGAGAUGGAGAAAUUUCGAGAGAUGAUAAGGUUGAAUGAGAGGCGAAGGAAUGAAAUCCGAAUGCAGCUGCAAGAGGUAUUUAGCGCAUCAUCAGCGAGGGAAGCAAGGACGGCAGUCAUACAAGGCCGAUAUGUCCGCACAUUGACAUCGUCAAUCUUUUCCAUGUCAGUACUGCCUAGCUCGGCAGAUCUUAAUACUCUGGCCACCGCAAUGCCGGCAGUCUGUGUCCCUGUAUACAUCUGCGCCCUUGUCUUGACCGGUGACUUGGAUAUCACCAAAAUCAAAUGCGUCAUGACAUCAGCAUUGCGAUACUUUGAUUGGAUGAAAAGUAUGUCAGAAGUUAAGAUUGCUGAGGUUUCAUACAUCUGCGAUAGUUCAAUAAUUACUGAUAUUUGGCCUGUUAGUCAAAGCAGCUGGCAUCCUACACUGGAUGGCUAG